UCCGCUCCUGAUGCAACGUGCUUCUCCUGCUGCCUGACACAAACACCUGUUCCGCCCCGAGACCCUCGAGUCCUUCCUGCCAUGCUGGGGCUCCUGGCGCACCUCAACGAGCCGCAGCUUGUGGCCGGCUUUCAGAGACGGUGCGGACUCUUCCUGGUCGAAGCGCCGCAACACAACCAGGACACCCGGGCUCUCGAGGAGGAACCAUGUGGAGGUGCGCGGAGCAGGAGGGGCCGCCAAGACCCCAAUUCUAACUAUAAAUAUGAGCAAAACGGAUGCGCUGCAGAGGUCUGCAGCAAGCCAAAGUAUGAGGUUCGAAACAAGUUCCUGCACCUGCUCUUCUUGUUGUCGGCCAGUCUGGGGCAUGAGGUCUUCUACAUCACCUGUCUGCCGUGCGUGGAAUGGAACGUGGACCCCUUCCUCUGCCGGCGCCUGGUCAACAUGUGGACCUUCGUCAUGUACAUCGGCCAGGUGAUGAAGGAUGUCCUAAAGUUGCCGCGCCCCCGGUCGCCUCCUGUUGUCAAGCUGGAGAUGCGUGUUGACGCGGAGUACGGCUUACCCUCCACACACGCCAUGGCCGCCACCGCCAUCUCCUUCACGCUGUUGCUCAGCGCCCCCUCCAGGGUCCAGUUCCCGUUCCACCUGGGCCUGCUGACGGCGACGGCCAUGUCGACUCUGGUGUCCCUGAGUCGCCUCUACACCGGCAUGCACUCCGUCCUGGAUGUGAUCUGUGGCCUCCUGAUAUCUGGAUUCCUGCUCCUAGUCACCUUCCCCUACUGGGAGGCCAUCGACCACUUCCAGCUGACCAACAUCAUGUCUCCAUUUGUGGCUCUGUCCCUGGGCCUCCUCCUCAGCUUCACGUACCCAGAUCUGGACCACUACAGCCCCACACGGGGCGACACCACCACUAUCUUGGGAUCGUGGACCGGAAGUUCUAUUGGAUACUGGGUCAACCAGCGGGUGGGGCAGACGUUCGAGCCUGAAGGGGUUCUUCCAGUUCCACUCCCGUCACUGACGCCACACAGGUUCGCUGUGGGCGUUUCCCGAUGUCUGGUGGGCAUCGCAGCUCUGCUUGCGACACGUCAUGUGAUGAAAACACUGAGCCUGCGGGCGUUAUACUGGUGGUACAACGUUCCGAAAAAGGACCAUGAUGCAAAGAGAAGAAAAGAAAUCGAAGUGCCGUACAAGUUGGCCACAUACACGUCGGUGGGACUUGUUAACUCGAUGCUCGUCCACAGACUCUUCCUGCUAUUGGGACUGCUGUGAUCAGCUGACUGUAUUUGUGAGAGAAUGUGGACCAAUGUUUACACCUUCAUGCAGUGAGCUUCAGUAGCAAUGAUUCGUGAAGGUACAAGUGACUGACUGUAGAUCAACCUUACAUUAUGACCACCUAACUCAUUAGCUAUCAUCAUCUUACUGUAAAGGCUCAUUCAUGCCCCCUUUACGUACGAAAUUGUACCCUUACGUUUCAAACUAGGUUACCGUCAAUGAUCACAUGCUUCCUUGGGUUUUGUGUGUUGGUAUUGCUGCUCACCAAUAUAUCCACCAGGGGGAGCAGCUCAACCUCAACUACACAAACUCAAAAACAAACAUUGUGACUGUGGAAGAAGUAUUGAUAAUGUACACCGUACACAGAGGAAAAAGGAGGCAGCAUUGUAGGAGGCGGUAGUCAGUGAGGCUUUUUCAUGUCUUGUUAGAGCUACAUACUGUAUCAGGUAGUAACACUGCAACACUGCCCUCAUGCUCCGUUUGGUCCGUAUCCGUAAGCUUUGUGGAAAUGUGCAGAAAUACAAACGAAAUGAAACGUGUCUUCAUUUUCAGAAACCACUAGAUGAAACUCAAUUCUUGGGAUUUGACUAUUUCAAUGAAACCCAACUUUUUUAAACCAAACCAACUGAGCUGAGAAAAUGAGGACACUGUUUCAUGAAGCUUUGAAAGUCUGUCACUAGUUGACAAGCGCCAUGAAUGUUCAGCUUGUUGGUGGUCAUAAUGUUAUGACUGAUUGUGGUUUGUUUCUAAUCAAAACUUGAUCUGCUUUUAAGUGCACAAAUUAACCUGCACUGUUUUACUUGAAGUAUCUUGAAGGUCAGGAGCAGAACUGUAGAGACCAGUUACAAGGAACUGAAAAUGGUUUAUUA